AUGUUCUCCCGAACUGCAUUCUCGGCUUUCCGCCCGAUCGCGCGGCCAACUGCUCUGCGCCCCGUCCGCGCCCCGGCUUUCCAGCUGCCCUCCAUCCUCCACGCUCGCCUCCUGUCCUCUGAGACCAAGGCCGCGAUCGACAAGGCCGUUGGCUCCGCUCCCGUCGUCCUCUUCAUGAAGGGUACACCCGAGACUCCUCAGUGUGGUUUCUCGCGCGCCAGCAUUCAGAUUCUCGGUCUGCAGGGUGUCGACCCUAAGAAGUUUGUCGCGUUCAACGUGCUCGAGGACCCCGAGCUUCGUCAGGGCGUCAAGGAGUACUCCGACUGGCCUACCAUCCCCCAGCUAUAUCUCGACAAGGAGUUCGUUGGAGGCUGCGAUAUUCUGAUGUCCAUGCACCAGAACGGCGAGCUCUCUAAAAUGCUCGAGGAGAAGGGUGUUCUUGUUGCGGCGGACCAAUAA